AUGGCCGCGGCGCCCGGAGGGUCUGCGCCGCCCGCCGGCCCCGGUCCGCGCUUGGCUUUCAGCACCGCGGACAGCGGCGUCGGCAUGAGCGGGCUCAACCCAGGUCCCGCGGUGCCCAUGAAGGACCACGACGCCAUCAAGCUCUUCGUGGGGCAGAUCCCUCGGGGCUUGGACGAGCAGGACCUCAAGCCGCUGUUCGAGGAGUUCGGCCGCAUCUACGAGCUGACGGUGCUGAAGGACCGGCUCACCGGCCUCCACAAAGGCUGUGCCUUCCUCACCUACUGCGCCCGGGACUCUGCUCUCAAGGCCCAGAGUGCAUUGCACGAGCAGAAGACCCUGCCAGGGAUGAAUCGUCCGAUCCAAGUGAAGCCGGCUGCCAGUGAGGGCCGAGGAGAGGACCGGAAGCUGUUUGUGGGGAUGUUGGGCAAGCAACAGGGUGAGGAGGAUGUCAGACGUCUGUUCCAGCCAUUCGGCCAUAUCGAAGAGUGCACUGUCCUGCGGAGUCCCGAUGGUACCAGUAAAGGCUGUGCCUUUGUGAAAUUCGGAAGUCAAGGGGAAGCUCAAGCUGCUAUCCAGGGACUGCAUGGUAGCCGGACGAUGACGGGUGCCUCAUCCAGCCUGGUGGUGAAGCUGGCAGACACUGACAGGGAGCGAGCGCUGCGGCGGAUGCAGCAGAUGGCUGGCCAGCUGGGCGCCUUCCACCCAGCACCGCUGCCUCUCGGGGCCUGUGGCGCCUACACUACUGCGAUCCUACAGCACCAGGCAGCGCUGCUGGCAGCGGCGCAGGGUCCCGGAUUAGGCCAGGUGGCCGCGGUGGCUGCCCAGAUGCAGCAUGUGGCAGCCUUCAGCUUGGUGGCCGCACCGCUGUUGCCUGCAGCAGCCAACACGUCGCCUGGUGGCAGUGGCUCUGGCACACUCCCUGGCCUCCCAGCGCCCUUGGGGGUCAAUGGAUUCGGCUCCUUGACCCCGCAGACCAACGGACAGUCGGGCUCCGACACACUCUAUAACAACGGGCUUUCCCCUUACCCAGCCCAGAGCCCCGGCGUGGCUGACCCCCUGCAGCAGGCCUACGCUGGGAUACACCACUAUGCAGCAGCCUAUCCUUCGGCCUAUGCCCCAGUGAACACCGCUUUUCCCCAGCAGCCUUCAGCUCUGCCUCAGCAACAAAGAGAAGGCCCCGAAGGCUGUAAUCUCUUCAUCUAUCACCUGCCUCAGGAGUUUGGGGAUGCAGAACUCAUACAGACAUUCCUGCCCUUUGGAGCUGUGGUCUCUGCCAAAGUCUUUGUGGAUCGCGCCACCAACCAGAGCAAGUGUUUUGGGUUUGUUAGUUUUGACAAUCCAACCAGUGCCCAGACUGCCAUCCAGGCCAUGAACGGCUUUCAAAUCGGCAUGAAGAGGCUCAAGGUCCAGCUAAAGCGACCUAAGGAUGCCAACAGGCCUUACUGAUCUACGCUCACUGAUCAGCCACAGACAGAAACUGAAGAGUGAGAAGAAAGGAAAAAGAAAAGCACAGAAACGCUGGAGUGGCCCUUCCGGAAGGAGAGGCGGCAGGCGGAGGUGGAUCGGACCCAGGGCUGGCGCUUGGGGCUCUGGCCACUCAUCAUGUGGGUUGUUCCAUGGAGUGCUCAGGCUGGCAGGACAACCAGUGCUGGCUGAGGAUCGGCUGACCUAAAGGACCUAGCAGAGGACCCCGGGGGGUGCCACGGGCUUCUCGGCAAGGGAAGCCCAGGCUUCCUUCAUUCAAAAUCAUAUCAUUCCUUAGUGUUUAGGGACCAAAGGACUAUUGCUUUUUU